AUGAUUCGUGGUCUUCUGGGUGCAAUGGUGUUGAGUACCCCGUCCAAGGGCUCACUGACGCCAGCUGUGGCAGAUGCAGCAACAAAAAGCCUCGACGACGGUGUAAUGCUAUUGGGCUGUCUCAAGAGCCGCGAUAAGCGAUUUCCAACAGGGUUGACAGAGUCGGCGUCCCAGGCUUACGACUGCGGGUGGAUGAUGGAGGGUUUCCGAAUGCAGGCACGAUGA